AUGAACUCUCUGAGAUCAAUUGCACGAUGCAAAGUUACAUUCCGACAAUUUCAUACAUGUUUCAGAUAUUGUCAAGAAACAGUAGGGGCUUCAGCUCCAAAAUUGUCAAUUCCUGUACCUGAAGGAGCCGAUCCAGCCCUGAGCCCUAAGAUUGAAAAACUUGUCCAAGAAAUUACAGCUUUGAAUUUAAUAGAAGUGUCACAAUUAAGCGAUGUCCUGAAAAGACGACUUAAUCUUCCUGAUGCGCCUGUUAUGGCCGUUGGUAGCGUCACAGCUCCCAAAGCUGAGAAGAAGCAGCACCUCAAAGAGUCCAAACGUCGUUUACCGUAA